AUUCCAUGAGCUUUUUUCUUCUCUUUGACUAGUAUAUUUUAUUGUAGAAAAUUAAAUGGAGGAAAAAGCUAAACUUUCUUAAUCACAGAUGCAGAUUGAUUCUCCAUUUUUCUCGGGAGAAAAGUUCCUCGCCGGAGAUGGAGCAUAUGAUGAAAGAAGGAAGGUCUCUUGCAGAGACGCCGACUUACUCUGUUGCUUCGGUUGUUACUGUUUUGGUCUUUGUUUGCUUUCUCGUUGAACGCGCCAUUUACAGAUUUGGAAAGUGGUUAAAGAAGACUAGAAGAAAGGCACUUUUUACUUCACUUGAGAAAAUGAAAGAGGAGUUGAUGUUGCUGGGACUUAUAUCACUUCUGUUGUCACAAAGCGCGAGAUGGAUUUCAGAAAUCUGUGUUAACUCUUCCCUUUUCAAUAGUAAAUUCUACAUUUGCUCUGAAGAGGACUAUGGAAUCCAUAAGAAAGUUCUUCUGGAACACACCUCUUCUACAAACCAGAGCUCCUUACCUCAUCAUGGAAUACAUGAAGCCUCUCAUCAAUGUGGUCAUGGCCGUGAACCAUUUGUGUCGUAUGAGGGACUCGAGCAACUCCUAAGAUUCUUAUUCGUCCUGGGUAUCACUCAUGUUCUAUACAGUGGCAUUGCCAUUGGUUUAGCCAUGAGCAAGAUUUACAGUUGGAGAAAAUGGGAAGCCCAAGCGAUCAUAAUGGCUGAAUCAGAUAUCCACGCAAAGAAGACCAAGGUGAUGAAGCGUCAGUCUACAUUUGUUUUCCAUCAUGCCUCUCAUCCUUGGAGUAACAAUCGUUUUCUCAUUUGGAUGCUUUGUUUCCUGCGGCAAUUUAGAGGCUCCAUACGAAAGUCUGACUACUUCGCACUUCGGUUAGGUUUCCUCACUAAACAUAAUUUGCCAUUUACAUACAACUUCCAUAUGUAUAUGGUACGGACGAUGGAAGAUGAGUUUCAUGGCAUUGUUGGAAUUAGCUGGCCACUUUGGGUUUACGCUAUAGUAUGCAUCUGCAUAAAUGUUCAUGGCCUGAAUAUGUACUUUUGGAUAUCAUUCGUUCCUGCCAUUCUUGUCAUGUUGGUUGGAACCAAACUUGAGCAUGUUGUCUCCAAGCUUGCUCUCGAGGUUAAGGAGCAGCAGACAGGCACAUCUAAUGGGGCUCAAGUCAAACCACGUGAUGGGCUCUUCUGGUUUGGGAAACCAGAAAUUCUGCUACGGUUGAUACAAUUUAUCAUUUUUCAGAAUGCAUUUGAAAUGGCAACAUUCAUCUGGUUCUUGUGGGGAAUCAAGGAAAGAUCUUGCUUCAUGAAGAACCAUGUGAUGAUAUCAAGCCGGCUAAUUUCUGGGUGCGUUUCAAAUACACAACAAUUCGCAGCAACACACUGUCUCUUAAGAUUUUUUUUUUCUUUCUGGUGAAUGCAGGGUUCUCGUUCAGUUCUGGUGUAGUUAUGGCACUGUGCCUCUCAAUGUAAUCGUUACUCAGAUGGGAUCUCGGCAUAAGAAAGCUGUGAUAGCAGAGAGCGUAAGAGACUCACUUCACAGUUGGUGCAAGAGAGUGAAAGAGAGGUCUAAGCACACGAGAUCAGUGUGUUCCCUUGACACAGCAACAAUAGACGAGAGAGACGAGAUGACAGUGGGGACAUUGUCUAGGAGCUCAUCGAUGACUUCACUGAAUCAGAUUACCAUAAACUCCAUAGACCAAGCAGAGUCUAUAUUCGGAGCAGCAGCUUCAUCCAGCAGUCCUCAAGAUGGAUACACGUCGAGGGUGGAAGAAUAUCUGUCUGAAACAUACAAUAACAUCGGUUCGAUACCGCCUUUAAACGAUGAGAUUGAGAUUGAGAUUGAAGGUGAAGAAGAUAAUGGAGGGAGAGGAAGUGGGAGUGAUGAGAAUAACGGUGAUGCUGGAGAAACACUUCUUGAGUUGUUUAGGAGGACUUGAUCUUGUUUCUGCUUUUAGAAGCUUGGUUCAGUUGUAAUUACUUGACAUCCAUACAAGAAUAACAAUUAACAAAGUAAAUCUUUUGUUGGUCCAGUAAAAAAAAGUAUUCAAUGAUCAAAGUACAUCUUUUGUUGGUUCAGAGGUAAAUUUAAAAUAUAAUAGCAUGGAUUGGAACGAGA